UUUUCUUCAAAACCGAGCGGAGGUACCCUGGCCGUAGCAGUCCCUCAAGUUAAACUGGAAGUUGUUAUCUUUCCUGAGGAGGGCAGGAGGCUGCUUCUACUGUGGAUCUGAAACUCCCUCUCUCUCUCUUGCUUGUUCUCUCUGUGUGUCAGGGUGGAUCAAUGCGAGAGUCUCCGUUUCAUACAAACUCCCAUUCUGUCUCUCUCUCUCUCUCUCGUCUCGGCAGUGGUUGCGUGCAGUAUACCUGGGGGCACAUUUAAACCUCCUUUACCCCCUCAUCUGUCUCACAGCGGGCCCUAAGCACAAUAUGUGGUAGUGGAAGAGACCGGGGUUCGACUGGUCGGGCUCGAAAUGUCGCUGGAGGUAUAGAAGGUAGAACAAUUCACCCCCCUUUCUCAUAACCCCCCUCUUUUCGUUCCCAAGCUUGUUGCUUUGCGAAGCGGCCUAAAAACACAAAAUGUCGACCAGAACGCCAUUGCCCACUGUGAAUGAGCGCGAUACUGAAAAUCACACGUCGGUCGACGGGUACCAUGAACCACAUGUCCAGCCUUUGAAGUCCAGCAGCCGGCAGAACAUUCCCCGCUGCCGGAACUCCAUCACCUCCACCACUGAAGAGCAGCCGCACAUCGGGAACUACCGGCUGCUGAAGACCAUCGGCAAGGGGAACUUCGCCAAAGUCAAACUGGCCCGACACAUACUCACUGGAAGAGAGGUUGCUGUGAAAAUAAUAGACAAAACACAACUGAACCCCACUAGUCUACAAAAGUUACACAUGACCUUGCUUUCUAAACAGCUCUUCCGAGAAGUAAGGAUAAUGAAGAUCUUGAAUCACCCGAAUAUAGUUAAAUUAUUUGAAGUAAUUGAAACAGAGAAGACACUUUAUUUAAUAAUGGAAUACGCCAGCGGGGGAGAGGUAUUUGACUACUUAGUUGCACAUGGCAGGAUGAAAGAGAAGGAGGCAAGGGCAAAGUUUCGGCAGAUUGUCUCUGCGGUGCAGUAUUGCCAUCAGAAGCGCAUUGUACAUAGAGAUCUAAAGGCAGAAAACCUGUUGCUGGAUGCCGAUAUGAAUAUAAAAAUUGCUGACUUUGGUUUUAGUAACGAAUUUACUAUCGGUAACAAAUUAGACACAUUUUGUGGGAGCCCGCCCUACGCUGCCCCUGAACUAUUCCAAGGAAAGAAAUACGAUGGACCAGAGGUGGACGUGUGGAGUCUGGGAGUCAUUCUGUAUACACUAGUUAGCGGAUCAUUGCCUUUUGAUGGUCAGAACCUAAAGGAACUGAGGGAAAGAGUGUUACGAGGGAAGUACCGUAUUCCUUUCUACAUGUCCACAGACUGUGAAAACCUGCUGAAAAAACUCUUAGUACUAAACCCAGUGAAACGAGGCAGUCUGGAACAAAUCAUGAAGGACCGGUGGAUGAAUGUUGGUUACGAAGAGGAGGAGAUAAAACCGUAUCUUGAACCAGAGCCAGACUUCAGUGACACUAAGAGGAUAGAUUUGAUGGUGACUAUGGGGUUCUCAAGAGAUGAAAUUACAGAGUCUUUAAUUGGCCAGAAAUAUGAUGAAGUCAUGGCCACUUACCUUCUACUAGGCAGAAAACCUCCUGAGUUUGAAGGAAGCGAGUCAGUACCCAACAGCAACCUGUGUCAAAGGUCACGGCCCAGCAGUGACCUCAACAACAGCUCCACGCAGUCCCCAGCGCACUCAAAGGUCCAGCGUAGCAUUUCAGCCAAUCAGAAGCAGCGGCGGUUUAGUGAUCAUGGUGGGGAUGACAUUCAACCAACUGCUCCAACCAUUCCACCGGCCGUGUCAUACACUAAACGAGCUCAAGCAAACAGCGUGGAGAGUGACCAGAAAGAAGAAUGGGACACUUCCCGCAAGCUCGGCACCACGACUGUAAGCUCCAAAGGGGAUAUGCCUGCAAGUCCACUGGUCGGUCCGGACCGGAAGAAGUCUACCACCGCCACUGCUAACAAUGUGCUUCCUGGAGGAGGGAUGACCAGAAGAAACACUUACGUGUGCGAACGCUCCAGCACCGACAGAUACUCCGCUAUACCCAAUGGAAAAGACAGCAGCCUAACUGAAAUGUCAGCUUGUGCAAGCGGUACUGGCGCUGCAGCCUCUGCCUUGCCCUCGACCAGGCCGCGCCACGUAAAAUCCAUGUCAGCCUCCGGGCACCCCAUCAAAGUCACGCUGCCUCCCAUCGAGGAUGACACUGAGGCCUACAGACCAAGCACUGCAACUGCAACUCCUCGGGCCCCUGCUGCUUCUCCAUCUGCCCACAGCAUUAGCAGCACCACUCCGGACCGAACCCGAUUCCCCCGCGGCAGCUCCAGUCGAAGCACUUUCCACGGGGCCCAGCUCCGUGACCGCCGCAACGCCACCUACAACGGACCGCCCGCCUCGCCCUCUCUGUCCCACGACACGGCCGCUCUGUCGCAGGCCCGGAGGGGCACCUCCACCGGCAUCAUCGGCAAGAUCACUUCCAAGUUCGGACGCAGAACUAUGUCUUUCAGGUUGUCCAGAAGGGGUCAAAGCGAGGGCGAAGCCAGUGGCAGAACUGACAUUUCAAGGAGCACCUCAGGGGAACCGAAAGAGCGGGACAAGGAGGAUGGCAAGGAUCCGAAGCCACGUUCUUUGAGGUUCACCUGGAGCAUGAAGACCACCAGUUCCAUGGACCCCAACGACAUGAUGAGGGAGAUCCGGAAAGUGCUGGAUGCCAACAACUGCGACUACGAGCAACGGGAGCGUUUCCUGCUGUUCUGCGUGCACGGCGACGCCCGGCAGGACAACCUGGUCCAAUGGGAGAUGGAGGUCUGCAAGCUGCCCCGCCUCUCCCUCAAUGGGGUCCGCUUCAAGAGGAUAUCUGGCACCUCCAUCGCCUUCAAAAACAUUGCAUCCAAAAUCGCUAAUGAGCUGAAGCUGUAAAAACAGGAAGACUGCAUUCAUUCAUUCAUGGGAUCAGGGUAUAGAUUCAGACAUGAUGUACAGUUUCCACUGUUUUUGAAUGUACUGGUAUUGCGGCUAAUAUGUGUUUGGCCAGUGGGGAAAAAAAAACAAAUAUCCAACCUCCUCCAGCCCCCCCCCCCCCCCCGUGCCUCCAUGUAAAAUAAGUAGUUAGAAAAUGACCCUCAUUGCAAUAAAGUUAGAGCUUUGUUUUUAAUGAUCUGUAAAAUUCAGUUCUGUAUACUGAACUGCAAUAGCUUAAAAUACAUUUUCUUUUCUUUUCACAUGUACAGGUAAGCAUAGAGCAUUAUGUUCAUAGAGUUGUAUAAUACGAAAAGAAUCCUGUAGCUUAACAUCUUGUAUAGUUGUCUUGAUUUCUGUACAUAAAUUGUAUGUUUUAAUGUCUAAUACUGUGUAAUUUGAGUUGAAGAAAGUCCUUAGAUUAUAGUUUUUACCUCCACUAUGUGAAGUUUUUUUAAUUUUUAUUUUAAACUUAUUUUUAAUCUCAUUGUUUUUUGUUUUUUUUUUUCUCUUCGGUUUUUUUAAGAUUUAUCACAAUAUUGAAACAGAUCUAAAUUUAAAACACCACAAAGUAGUUUCUUUCUGGCAUUCUCCCUGCCUGGUUUUAAAAGGAGAGUAGUGUUAUAAAUUGUUACUCACCGGUACACUGACAGCAACACAACCCUCACAAAGACAUUGUUCAGGUGUUCAGGUUCAACCGACUGAGAGCAAAGGUCCUCUCAACCUGUUUUCAAUGGAACUGUAGAAGUCUACUAUUACAAUAGCUGUUGAAUCAACUGUUCAGUGAUUGGAUGAUUUCUUGUCCCAGUGUAACUUGUUUGUGCUGAAUAUUUUAUCAGAUUUCUUGUAUUUAUUCCACAACAUUAUGCCUGUAAUGAGCAGCUUUGUAAUUAUUAGGCAUUCAUCUAUACAAAAAAAAUGUAUGAUUUAAGAAUUUUUUUUUCUUCGUAAUUAGUGAUUAUAAACGUAUGUAAAACCACUAGUGCUGGUACAUUUAUACUUGUUAUUUUGUACUGAAUUAACCAUAUAGGUUAAUUGUGCAAUGAUAUUUCAUGUUAUAAUUACUGUAAUAUUGACAUAUGGGCCCCAUCUGCACACUUUGUUGUGAAGAAUAGGAAAAUCACUUUAAUUUAAAAAAAAAAAAAAGAAGAAAAAGCUGUGAUAAUCCCUGGAACCAUGAUUAAAUCAGAAUGGACAUCAAUCUUGCUAUCCUGCAGUGGCAGUAUAACACUAUCGGAAGGACUGUAAAUACUGUAUUGUAGUGUGUGAUGUAGCUUACUUCCUGUGGUUGUUCUGUUCCAGAGUGGAUGUUCAUUUUGUUGCCUUAGCUGAUGAUAAUGCUCAGAAAAAAGAAGGUAAAAUGUACCCCCUUUACCCAGUGUUCAUUCAAGGGAGUCUGAUGCAAAUCCUCCUGAUUCAGUCUCACUGGUGCACUAUAUUAAAACUUACUUGAAAGGAGUCUCAAGCUAAAACUGUUGUCUUCUUUUGUUACUGUGUACUGUAUGUGAAGUUGUGUCAGUUAUUAUUAUUAUUAUUUAUUUCUUAGCAGACGCCCUUAUCCAGGGCGACUUACAAUUGUUACAAGAUAUCACAUUAUACAUUAUUUCACAUUAUACAGAUAUCACAUUAUUUUUACAUACAAUUACCCAUUUAUACAGUUGGGUUUUUACUGGAGCAAUCUAGGUAAAGUACCUUGCUCAAGGGUACAACAGCAGUGUCCCCCACUGGGGAUUGAACUCACAACCCUCUGGGCAAGAGUCCAGAGCCCUAACCACUACUCCACACUUGAAGACAUCUAUUUUAAUGAUCUAAACAACGACGGAUAUAAGUACUGCCACCUUUUAAGUCCAGACUCUCAGUUUUGGCAUUGCAUGCCACCGUUUAAUAGUUUGAGUAACAGCUUUUACUCUGCUGUUUGUAUCAUUUGACUUCUACACCAGUGUAAUAAUAUAGUAUACCACCAAACUAUCAAGAAACCACUCAUUAUUAUGAUUAUUAUUAUGAUUAUUAUUAUUAUUAUUAUUAUUAUUAUUAUUAUUAUUAUUAUUAUUAUUAUAAACAUAUAAGAAUAACAUAUUUUUUUGGAGCACCAUCGUGUACACAAUAUUUAUGAUGAUCGAUGUCAUCGUAGGCUCUGCUCAAUAUGAAAAGAAACAGAAAUGUACUGAGUGACAAUGCUGGUUUUUUUUGCAUGCAUUUAAUAUGCAUAUACUGAAACUGACUAAAAAUGCAAGGUUCAUUCUCCUUAUUUGUUUACAAUUACUUUUCACUGACCCCUUAUUUUUUUAAUUAGAUUAAUGCUAUAAGCAGCCCCUUUACAUGAUGAUCCUCUGGUAGUGCUGCAAGAACAAAGUUAGAAUACAUGCAGGACAUUUUGGGAACUCUAGGGGGUAUUGUCAUAACAGUUACAAUGAUUGAAAUAGAAAAUUGGAGCUAACAAUACCGUGAAAAAGGCUAUAACCUCAUCGCUCAAGUAUUUUAUUGUUGAAUAAGCACCAUACUUACCAAACUACUUUUUUUGUUGUUUUCAUGGAAAAAGUACUUACCCAAUUAAAAUUGUAUUGUCAGAAAAUAAGAUGCCUUAGCUGAGGGUUUCCCAAUCCUGGUCCUGGAGGACCCCUGUGUCUGCUGGUUUUCAUUCAAACUGAGUUCCCAAUUACUUAAUGAAACCCUUAAUUGAACUAAUAAUGUGCUUAAUUAAACCUUUUUUUCAAUUGUUAUCAGCUCCUAAAAAGUUGCCAAUUUUCUUAUAAUUUCUUAAAAUUGUAUAGUUAACUUGAAAUCUCCCAACUGUUUAAAAGCUGAAAACAGUUAAAAAGGUCUAAUUAAGCUAAUGAAUAGUUCAAUUAAGGGUUCAAUUAAGUAAUUGAUAACUCAGUUGGAAUGAAAACCAGCAGACAGGGGUCCCCAAGAUUGGGAAACAUUGCCUUAGCUUACACUUUUAGUUCAGUUAGCUGUAUAAUGUAAUGUUUAGUUUAAUUAUAAAAUGAGUAGGGCAGCAGUGUGGAGUAGUGGUUAGGGCUCUGGACUCUUGUCCAGAGGGUCGUGGGUUCAAUCCCAGGUCGGGGGACACUGCUGCUGUACCCUUGAGCAAGGUACUUUAUCUAGAUUGCUCCAGUAAAAACCCAAUUAUAUAAAUGGGUCAUUGUAUGUAAAACUAAUGUGUAAUAAAAUAAUAAUAAUGUAAUUGUAUGUAAAAAAAAAUAAUAUGAUAUCUUGUAACAAUUGUAAGUCGCCCUGGAUAAGGGCGUCUGCUAAUAAAUAAAUAAUCACAAAACCCACCCCUAUUUCUUAAGGUUAUCCUUUAAAAUGUGGGUAAAUUCGUUCAGCAAAUUAUUUUUU